UUAUCAGUUCGAAUAGAAUACAUUUUACUGUAUCAAUGAAUACGAAUGACUAAAUGUGUCAACAAUAAACAUUUUGAGACGAGCUUCCAAGAAGAUAACAUCGGCUUGUCGGAAUAUUCGAUUGUCAUUUAAAAAACAAAAUCCCCGCUCUAAAAUGGUCAUGAUAAAAAUAUAUUUGUUGUUGGUUCUUUAUUUUCAAUAUGUGCUGUCUUCAGCCAUAAAAUUUCCAACGGUUGAUCCGUUUCCAACAGAGUGUACGCUUCCAGACAAGACCCGCGGUACAUGCAUCAAUUUAUUUUAUUGUCCAGCAGCCUUAACUGCAAAAAAUAUCACGUUAUGUUACACGGAAAAGGAUGAACAGUAUGUGUGUUGUAAGAACGAUCUAUGGGGCGAUAUAAAACCAAGGCGCAUAACUGGAGAUUGUGGAGUGCCGCGAUAUGAAAUAGUUCAUGGUCUGCAAACGGUGUAUCGGGAAUUUCCUUAUAUGGCAGCUUUAGGUUGGGAUUCAAUGUUUGAAGCGGGUACUUAUGAUUAUAAAUGUGGCGGAGCUUUAAUUAUGAAUAAUUAUAUUCUAACAGCAGCACAUUGUGCUAUGUUAAAUGGUCUUCCGCCCAGUGUUGUUCUUGUGGGCGGUACCAACUUAACAGAUUCCGCAAAUAAACCUAUAAAAGUCACUCAAGUCAUUCGGCAUCCACUGUACAAACCAAAACUUUCAUACCACGACAUAGCUUUGCUAAAACUUGAAAAGAGUCCGGCCGCAGAUCCCUUAUGUAUAUGGACUCUCUACGCAAUGGACGAUGUUAAUGUAACAGCCGUCGGUUAUGGUCACACCCAAUUUGCCGGCACUAAUUCUGAAAGUCUUCUAAAGACCCACCUCUCAAUAGUAACAAAUAGAGAUUGUACUCGACAUUAUAGCGGGGAAAUUUCUUUGCCUGAAGGUAUUGCGGACACCCAGUUGUGUGCUAAAGAUUUCGAAAGGCAAAGUGAUACUUGUCAGGGUGAUUCAGGUGGGCCACUAAUAUUGCGUUCCACAAGUCCCCAAGGCGUUGAAACAGCAUUUUUAGUUGGUAUAACAUCAUUUGGUAGUGGAUGUGGUUUUGAAAAGCCAGGCGUUUACACCAGAGUUUCCCAAUAUAUUGACUGGAUUGAAUCGAUCAUAUUUGAAAAUAACUACAUAUCUAUAUUGUUAAUUCAAAGUUUAAGAUGCUAUGCGAUUGAAUUUAAGCCGGCAACUAUUGCUGACUUUCCUGCCAUUUCUCGUGGCUUAUUUACGAAAUAUAAUGAGUUUCCUUUUAUGGCUGCCUUGGGAUGGGACUCAAAUGCAUGGCCUGGAACUUAUGAUUAUAAAUGUGGAGCAGUUUUGAUCAAACCUAAUUAUCUACUAACAGCAGCCCAUUGUGCCGAUUUGAAUGGGUCAGCCCCAUCUGUGGUUCUGGUCGGAGGUGUAAAUUUAACGGACACUUCUAUGGCCCCAAUAAAAAUACUUAACAUUACCAAACAUCCAAAAUAUAAACACAAUGAACCUUAUGACGAUAUAGCAGUACUAAAGCUGGAACGAAAUGCAACAACUCCUUGGAUCUGCUUGUGGAAUCAAUAUAAGCUGAACGAAAUAAUGGUGACCGCAGUGGGUUAUGGGAAAGAAUUUUUCGCUGGUCCUGGAUCGGAUACUCUGUUGAAAGCUCAUUUGUCUGUUAUGCCAAAUGAUGAAUGUUCGGAUUACUACAAAAACGAUACAACACUGUCGCAAGGAAUACGCAGCACACAGCUUUGUGCCAGGGACAAUGUUCGAAACAGCGAUACUUGCCAGGGUGACUCAGGUGGCCCUUUGAUAAUGAGUUCCGGGUAUUUGACAAAGUAUUUAGUCGGUAUAACAUCGUUUGGCCAAGGCUGUUCUUUGAACAUACCGGGAGUAUAUACAAGAGUGUCGGAAUAUCUAGACUGGAUUGAAGAAGUUGUUUAUGGAGAACUAAACUAAGAGUUUAAUGUGGAAACAGACAUUAUUUAUUUUAUUUAUUGAAAUAUUUCUUACCUUAAUUUUGUCUAGUAAUCAUAUGAAACCAAAGGAAAUAACGAAAUUAAACAUUAUUGCCCUACUAAA